AUGUCUGACAAAAUUUUAACGAAUGGAGACCCAGUAUUAGAAAAUUUGGUAACUAACCCAACUAUUGAGGCACCAAAAGAAAUUAAGGUAGACGAAGUUAAAUUACAAAGAGUAGCUAGACCAUUAAGACAUGUCAAGAACAUUCCAGUGAAGGCACAAGUAUUCCAUUCUGAUAAGGGUCCUAUCACUUUUUCUUAUGAAAACAAAAUUAAAUUACCCAUCCCUAAAAACAAGCUGGUGGUAGAUGUAAAUUAUGUAGGUUUAAAUCCUGUAGAUCUGAAAAUUAAAAAUGGUUACACGCAGGCAAUAUAUGGUGAGGUAGGUUUAGGAAGAGAAUACAGUGGAGUUAUCACCCAUGUGGGUGAAAACUUAACAGAUAAAUGGAGCGAAGGUGAUGAAGUCUUUGGUAUUUAUUUCCAUCCACAUCUAGCUAAAGGUGCACUUCAAACAGCUAUUUUAGUGAAUCCAAAUGAAGAUCCAAUUUUACUAAGACCUGAAAAUGUAGAUCCAAGGGAAGCAGCUGGUGCAUUAUUUGUUUUAGGUACAGCUUUUAACAUUUUGGAUAAGUUAGAUAAAAGAGGCUAUUUAAAACAAGAUUCUAAUGUUUUAAUUAAUGGUGGGACAAGUUCUGUUGGGAUGUGUGCGAUUCAAUUAUUAAAAAGAUAUUAUCAAUUAACCAAGAAAAUCGUUGUAAUCACGACUGGUUCCUCUGCAGAAGCUUUGAGAACAUUUUAUACUGAUUUGGAAGGGGAAAUAAUAUAUGUUGAUUAUUUGAAAUGUAGAGGGAAAUCUAGUAAACCUUUAAGAGCUAUGAUAGAAGAACAAAGGACAACCGUAUUUGAUCCUACAACAGGGGAUGAAAUAAAAAUUCAAUACCUACAAGGGAAAUUUGAUAUUGUUUUAGAUUUUGUUGGAGGUUACGACAUUGUAGCUCAUUCAUCCUAUCUAAUUCAUAAAAAUGGUGCAUACUUAACAACAGUAGGCGAUUAUGUUGCCAAUUAUAAGACUGAUGUUUAUAAUCAAUGGGAUAACCCUAAGGCCAAUAUGCGAAAAGCUUUCGGUUCUCUACUCUACUCCUAUGAUUAUACUCAUUUUUAUUUUGAUCCUAAUGCCAAAACUGCAGCAAAAAACGACUGGAUCAAUAAAUGUGGUGAAUUCUUAAAGACUGGUGUAGUUACAUGCAGAAUUGAUAAGGUGUAUAAUUGGAAUGAUAUUGAUGAAGCGAUUUCAUAUAUGAAAACACAAAGAGCCCAAGGUAAACUAAUAUUAAAGGUUGAAAGAUUCUAA